CCUGAAAAAAAGAGGUAAAAAGUUUACAUAUGGCGCGAAAAUUGCAGCAAACUAGGGUUUAUAACUUCAUAUCUACAAACAAUCGAUUCCCUAAAUUUCUCCAAAAUUAAACGAGAAUCAAUGGGGGAUUUCAAUACCCAAUUCGACGAACUGAAAGCCCUUUUGCAAUCUUGUGCAAAUACUAACUCAAAAUCAGAAAAAUCGAACCUUUACUCGACGUUAUUACAGCUUCAAGAACACUCAACAACCGAUCAUUCUCUUCUUCAAUCGCUAGCUGAGUCAUCUCACGUGCUUCUGUCAGUGAUGGCGACUGAUAUUUUACAGGAUGAUGAGGAGAUAGCUUCACAGGCUUUGAAGUGUAUGGGGUUCAUGAUUUAUCAUCCAUCCAUUGUUCUUGGUAUAUCAGGAGACGAUGUUGAUAUGGUUCUACGUUCUUUGCAGAAGGUCAUUUUGUCAACUCGAAUCAAGUCUGUUUGUAAUUUAGGAGUAUGGUGCAUAUCGGUUCAACAAUUAAAUACAUCGUUCUUAGACGCACAUAUCGAAUCUUUAGUGCGGGCAAUAGUUCACGCUCUUGACAAUCCUACCGGAUCUCUAUCAACAACUUUUGAGGCCAUGCAGGCUGUGAUGAAGCUGGAAACUCAAGUGAAUGAAAAGAUGAGAGAGACGUCAUAUUUAUGGGGUCCGCCGAUAUACAGAAGACUUGUUAGUGUAGAUAAAAGGGAGAGAGAUAUGUCGGAAAGGUGUUUACGGAAAAUUAAAUCGUUAAUAUGCCCCCCUCCAGCAGCUCUCUCUAAGGUAGUUAUUGUGGAUGUUAAGAGAAAACUACUUCCUGCAAUGGAAGAACUGUUAAAACAAGGCAUGAAGAUUCAAGCAAUGCAAGCUUGGGGAUGGUACACUCGCUUAAUAGGGUCGUACGCCAUAAAAAAUAGGCACGUGAUUAAUCAGCUACUAAAAAUUCCUGAGCAGACAUUUCCUGACGGUGACCCACAAGUCAAAAUUGCUUCACAGACUGCGUGGGAAGCAUUAAUUGACGCUCUGGUCAUUCUACCAACACAAGAAUCUACAACCGAAGUUGCAACACAACAAACGUAUGAAGAAAACGACGGGAUCUUCGAAACCAACAGAUUAACGAAGAGCAUUAAACUCAUAAUGACACCACUAAUCGGAGUCAUGUCAAGCAAAUGUGAUUUAUCGGUCCACUUAUCCUGCUUAAACACGUGGAAUUAUUUGCUCCACAAACUCGACACCUGCGUUAACCACCCUUUUGUCAACAAAACCGUUCUUGAACCUAUGUUUGAAGUGGUCUUUCGAGCGGGACCCGAUGGUAAAAACGUCUGCUCAUGGAAGUUCUGCUUGGAUAUUCUCGAUAGCUAUGCGUUAGCAAGAACGUUAGAUGAUGAAAAACAUUAUUCCGUCAAAUGGAUGCCUUGGAGUUUACGUCAGUUUGACUUUUUUGUCAAAAUGGUUGACAUUUUCAUCGGUCAUGGCGAGGUGGCGUGUGAUGCCGCUUUAAAAAUAUUUCGGUCGUCACUGAAAAGUGUUCGGUCCACUGUAUCGGGAUCAAGUGUUCCGUUUAGUGAAGUCAUGUCAUGCAUCGAUACCAUUAUUAACUGUCUAAAGAAGAUAUCGGAAAGUGGUAUCGGUCGAACGUUUCUUGACUUUAUCGAGAUUGCUACGGAGGAAUUACAACCGUCGAUUUUGGGAUCUCCUUUGUACAAGAUGAAACUUGACACCAAGUACACCGAAAACAUGAACGAAAUGAAUGACGACAACGAUAUGGUUACACCGGUGGUGUAUUUUACAGUACUAUAUUUCCAUGACGUAAUAAACUCACCUUCGGAUGCGUCGAAAUUGUCGAAAUUGUCGAAGUACGUGACUUUCUUGUUGCAGUCUUACGAUUCUAACGAUAUUCUUCACACGUUGACAUGUUUGUUAUACAAGUUCUCGAUACCCGACGACUGCUUAAAUCACUGGAUUGUUGUCGCAAACUGCUUGAAUGAUUACGUAAAUAGUAAAUCAGAGCCUGAUGACAAUUGCGAUCUUGUAGUCUCUCGUUUCUUGGCGUACCCUUUCAACCUUUUCUCGUUGCGAUCGCAAAAGAAUCUUGAUUGUGUGCAAAUUGUUCAACCGUGGAAGUCGCUUUACACGUCUACCAAAUGCUGUGAAAAUUUACUUCCGGUGUUUGAUCGGUUUCUUGAAGAUUAUUCCAAGAUUGACCCUGCGGAAGACACCCGGGGAUAUGUUUUUCUUUCCUUUUGUGGAGAUGCUGUAAUAUGUGUUCUUGAACAUAUUAUUAAAUCACCAAAUGAUGUCGGUGAUCGUAAAAGAACACAUUGCACCAAAACCGUCCUGCAGUGUGCUGCCAGGUAUUUAGGUGUAUCGUACGCAGAAGCAAAAUCAAAUCCAGAGAUUCUUGAUACAACUUCCAGGGUCUUCUCCACGUUGGCGCGCGUUAUGGAAUCUUUUCACUUUGAUGAGGAUAUCAUUCCAUUUGUUGAGAUUAUAUCAAAUCCAUUGCUUCAAUGGCUAUCGGAUUCUGAACACCAACACGAAAACACGAUCUACCAACUUCAUCGAUUAUGGAUCACUACCCUAAAAUCUCUGCAAAUCAGUUGGCCACCAAUCAACUUCAACUCAACGUUUCUUAAACUCCAAGCGACCCUACUCGAAGCAACUCUUGACCACCCAAAUCCCGCAAUCUCCAACCCAACCGUCGCUUUUUGGAAUGCAACAUACGGUGAACAAGUCAAACUAGACUACCCUCAAAACUUACUUCCCGUUUUAGACAAACUUUCAAGAACCGGUAAAAUAAACCUUGGUAAAAGACGAUACUCGAGAAUAGAGGCUACGACUAGUCCUCCACAGAAACACAAGGUUACUACAACGUUAAACCGGUGUGUGAAAAGAGUGGAACUAAUGGAUGGAAAUGUGAACGGGUCGGGUUCUAAUGGGCCGAAGAGGAAAAGGUUGGAGUUAACUGAGCAUCAGAAGGAGGUUAGACGGGCGCAGCAAGGUAGGUCGAAGGAUUGUGAAGGACGUGGGCCCGGGGUUCGAACGUACACGAGCGUUGAUUUUUCGCAAGAGAAUCAAAGCGAGUCACAAGAAGAGAGCCAGGAUGUGAGAAAUGUGGAGUCUAUCUUGGAGAUGUUGAAGAAAGGUGAUUAAACAUUUAUGAGUUAAGUGUUAUUGUAAACAUGUAAUCUUUUUUAAUAGUAAGGCCUGAAUGUGACAA